AUGGAAUACAAGGCUUUUUGGGCAAUCAAACAACUCAACAUGGAUGCUAAGCUAGCCGGUGAGAAGCGGCUACUACAGUUGAAUGAGCUAGAUAAGUUUAGAUUACAAGCCUAUGACAGUGCCCGCAUCUACAAGGAAAAGACUAAGCGAUGGAACAACAAUCACAUCCUUCAAAGGGAGUUCGCAGUUGGCGAAAAGGUUCUAUUGUUCAAUUCUAGACUUAAGCUGCUUCCUGGGAUACUAAAGUAUAGGUGGUCUAGGCCGUUCACUGUGACCAUGGUUAGCACAUUUGGGUCGGUCGAGGUAGAAAAUAAUAUGAGUGAAAGAUUCAAAGUCAACGGGCAACGUCUGAAUUUCUACCACGAGGGGGCUAAUAUAGAAGGGGUUGAGGUCCAAAACCUCCAACCUUCCGCCCCAUGA